AUGGCUGCUAAGAAGGGUCUUGAAAGAGCUUGUCUUGUGAGCGAGAGGGACACCAAGAAGUACUCCUUGGCCCUAGACAGGAUGAGCUGGCUUCAGAGGAAUUCAAAUGAAGAGAGGCAGCAGCAGGAAGCAGAAGUCACAGAAGCUAAUCCAGCAUAUCACUGUCACAACUACUCACAGGCCUAUGAGAACAGAAAGAGGGAGCAGAACCAAGCCAGGAGGAAGCUCUGUGUAGCAUCAGUGAUUUGCACCUUCUUCAUGAUUGCUGAGAUAACAGGGGAGUAUAUCGCCGGGAGCCUGGCGGUGGUGACCGACGCAGCGCACGUCCUGGUGGACCUGACAAGCUUCCUGAUCAGCCUCUUCUCACUCUGGCUUGCCUCCAAACCUCCUACCAAGCAGUUCACUUUUGGCUGGCACCGAGCAGAAAUUCUGGGAGCUUUGAUGUCUAUGGUAAUUAUUUGGAUGGUGACCGGUGUGUUGACAUAUUUGGCUUGCAUGAGGCUGCUACACCCAGAUUACGAUAUUGAUGCUACAGUGAUGCUCAUCACCUCAGCUUGUGCCGUGCUCUCCAACAUCCUACUGAGUGUGAUUCUGCACCAGACCGGGCACGGGCACAGCCAUGGGGCACCAGGCAGGGAACACGMGUCAGCCCCUCUGGAAAAGCCAGCUCUGAGCAAUGCCAGCCUGCGGGCAGCCUUUGUGCAUGCCAUGGGAGAUCUAUUCCAGAGUGUUAGUGUGCUARUUAGUGCACUGAUCAUCUUCUUUAAGCCACAGUACAAAAUAGCUGACCCAAUCUGCACAUUCGUGUUUUCCAUCUUUGUUUUGGCAACUACCAUCACGAUUUUAAGGGAUAUUUUGACUGUGUUAAUGGAAGGAGCAUCAAAAGGAUUUGCUUAUGAUGCUGUGAAAGAAAGAAUUUUAGCAGUUGAAAAAGUGGAGUCUGUUCACAACCUUCAUCUUUGGUGUCUGACAAUGAAUCAAACUGCUCUCUCUGCUCACGUUGCCACAGCAGACACAGCAGACAGCCAGAAGAUUUUGAGAGAUGUUACCCAAGCCCUGUUUGAGCACCACAGCUUCCACUCCAUCACCAUUCAGAUUGAAUCAGGAGAGGAUCAGAAAGCAGCCUGUGUCUUCUGCCAAGAGCCCAGGGACUAA